GAAGAUUAUUUUUUAAAGUGGAGAGCUGUAGCAGCAGUCGGUGCCCUUCAAGAGCCAAGUAGAAGCAGCGGAGGGAAUGGGGCCUGGGCCAAUGAUGACCGAUUUGGUUUUCUUUGUGAAUGGGAAGAAGGUGGUGGAGAAGAAUGCAGACCCGGAAACAACACUGUUGGUUUACCUAAGAAGAAAAUUGGGUUUGCAGGGGACGAAACUCGGCUGUGGUGAAGGAGGCUGCGGAGCCUGCACUGUGAUGCUGUCCAAGUAUGACCGGUUCCAGAACAAAGUCGUCCAUUUCUCCACCAACGCCUGCCUGACCCCGAUCUGCGCCCUGCACCAUGUCGCUGUGACGACCGUGGAAGGGAUCGGAAGUACCAAGACGAGGCUGCAUCCCGUGCAGGAGAGGAUUUCCAAAAGCCACGGCUCCCAGUGCGGGUUCUGCACCCCGGGCAUCGUCAUGAGCAUGUACACGCUGCUCCGGAACAACCCCGAGCCGUCCAUGGAGGAGAUCGAGGACGCUUUUCAAGGGAAUUUGUGCCGCUGCACUGGAUACAGACCCAUCCUGCAGGGCUUCCGGACCUUUGCUAGAGAUGGAGGUUGCUGCGGGGGAAAGGGGAAGAACUCCAACUGCUGCAUGAACCAACCGGAAAAGAGUUCGAUCACGCUCUCGGAGUCCUUGUUCAGUCCUGAGGAAUUCCUGCCCUUAGAUCCCACUCAGGAGCCCAUCUUCCCGCCGGAGCUGCUGCGCCUCAAAGAUCUUCCUCAGAAGCAGCUGUGUUUCCGGGGGGAGCGCGUGAGGUGGAUCCAGGCAACCACCCUGGAGGAGCUGCUGGACCUCAAAACUCAGCACCCGGAUGCCAAGCUGGUGGUGGGGAACACAGAAAUUGGGAUUGAGAUGAAGUUUAAGAAUAAGGUGUUCCCAGAAAUAGUUUGUCCGGCCUGGAUCCCCGAGCUGAAUGCUGUGGAGGAUGGAGAAGAGGGCAUCUCCUUCGGGGCCUCCUGCACCCUGAGCUCUGUGGAAAAGAAACUGGCGGAGGUCGUGGCCACGCUCCCUGACUACAAGACACAGGUGUUCCAGGGCGUCCUGGAGCAGAUGCGCUGGUUUGCUGGGAAGCAGGUCAAAUCUGUCGCGUCCAUCGGGGGAAACAUCAUAACCGCCAGCCCCAUUUCAGACCUCAACCCUGUGUUCAUGGCAAGUGGAGCCAAACUGAUCCUGGCAUCCAAACGAGGGAGGAGGACUGUCCAGAUGGAUCACUCGUUCUUCCCUGGCUACAGAAAGACGAUCUUAACCCCGGACGAAAUAUUACUCUCCAUCCAGAUACCUUACAGCAAGAAGGGAGAAUACUUCUCAGCUUUCAAGCAGGCCUCCAGGAGAGAAGAUGAUAUUGCUAAGGUGACCAGUGGGAUGAGAGUCCUGUUUAAAGAGAACACCACGCAGGUGCUUGAACUGUCGCUGAGCUUUGGUGGAAUGUCCGACAGAACUAUCAUGGCCCUGAGCACUGCCGGAAAGCAGGUGGAGAGAAACUGGGAUGAGUCACUGCUGGAAGACGUGUGCGCUGGGCUGGAGCAGGAGCUCCGCUUGGCUCCCGACGCUCCGGGAGGGAUGGUGGAGUUCCGGCGAACGCUCACCCUCAGCUUCUUCUUCAAGUUCUACCUGACAGUGCUCCAGAAACUCAACAAGUGCAGCAUUGGAGGGAAGUGUGGCAAACUGGACCCCACCUGUGUCAGCGCCACUACUCUCUUUCACAAAGAUCCCGCGGCCAGCGUCCAGCUUUUCCAGGAAGUGCCCAAGGGUCAGUCUAAGGAAGACACGGUGGGUCGGCCCCUGCCCCACCUCGCCGCCGCCAUGCAGGCCACUGGGGAGGCUGUGUACUGCGAUGACAUCCCCCUGUUUACCAACGAGCUUUCCCUGCGUUUGGUCACCAGCACCAAGGCCCACGCCAAGAUCAAAUCGAUUGAUACUUCGAAAGCCCAGGAUGUCCCCGGAUUUGAGUGCUUCUUUUCUGCUGCUGAUAUUCCUGGGAGCAACGUCACUGGGCUGUUUAAUGAUGAAACAAUCUUUGCUAAGGAUGAGGUCACUUGCGUCGGGCACAUCAUCGGAGCUGUGGUAGCCGACACCCCUGAGCACGCCCAGAGAGCCGCUCAAGCCGUGAAGAUCACUUACGAGGAGCUCCCUGCAAUCAUCUCGAUUGAGGAUGCCCUGAAGAACAACUCAUUUCAUCAGGGUCCCUCUCCACUGAAGAUUGAGAAAGGAGAUCUCCAGAAGGGAUUUGCUGAUGCCAAACACGUCCUUGAAGGAGAGGUGUACAUUGGUGGGCAGGAGCACUUCUACCUGGAGACUCAUUGCACCAUUGCGGUUCCGAAAGAAGAAGGAGAGAUGGAACUCUUCGUGUCCACCCAGAACACAAGCAAGACACAGAGUUUCGUUGCCAAUGUCUUGGGGGUCCCAUCGAACCGGAUUUUAGUUCGCGUGAAGAGAAUGGGAGGGGGCUUUGGAGGGAAGGAGACCAGAAGCACUGUAUUGUCCACAGUGGUGGCUCUCGCCGCACACAAGACCGGCCGGCCCGUACGCUGCAUGCUGGACCGAGAUGAAGACAUGCUGGUGACGGGCGGAAGGCAUCCCUUCAUGGCCCGCUAUAAGGUCGGCUUCCUGGAGAGUGGCCAAGUGGUGGCUUUGGAGGUCAAUCACUACAGUAAUGCAGGAAACACGUUGGAUCUCUCGGAGAGUAUUAUGGAGAGAGCUCUAUUCCACAUGGACAACUGCUAUAAGAUCCCCAACAUCCGGGGCACAGGAAAACUUUGCAAGACCAACCUGUCCUCCAACACGGCCUUCCGGGGCUUCGGUGGGCCCCAGGGGAUGCUCAUCACUGAGUCCUGGAUGAGCAGGGUUGCUGUGAAGUGUGGUCGCCCACCUGAGGAAGUGCGGAGGCUGAACAUGUACGAGGACGGGGACCUGACUCACUUCAACCAGAAACUGGAGGGGUUCACGCUGCCCCGAUGCUGGUCUGAGUGCCUGGAGAGCUCCCAGUACCACGCCAGGAGGAAGGACAUCGAAACGUUUAACAGGGAGAACUCUUGGAAGAAGAGGGGAUUGGCCAUAAUUCCCACCAAGUUUGGAAUCAGCUUCACUGUUCCUUUCCUGAACCAGGCUGGAGCCCUGGUGCACGUGUACACGGAUGGCUCGGUGCUGCUCACCCACGGGGGCACAGAGAUGGGCCAAGGGCUGCACACCAAGAUGAUCCAGGUGGCCAGUAAAGUCCUGGGAAUCCCGACGUCCAAGAUCUACAUCAGCGAGACGAGCACCAAUACGGUGCCCAACACCUCCCCGACGGCCGCCUCCGUCAGCACAGACAUCAACGGGAUGGCCGUCCUGGAAGCGUGUAACACUAUUCUGGAAAGGCUGCAGCCGUUCAAGAACAAAAAACCCAACGGUUCCUGGGAGGAGUGGGUGUCAGCAGCCUACAUGGCACCAGUGAGUUUAUCAGCGACAGGAUUCUACAGGACUCCCGACCUAGGCUACAGUUUUAAGACCAACUCAGGAAAUCCUUUCCAUUACUUCUCCUAUGGGGUGGCGUGUUCUGAAGUGGAGAUUGACUGCUUGACAGGUGACCACAAGAACAUCCGCACAGACAUCGUCAUGGAUGUCGGCAGCAGUCUGAAUCCAGCAAUAGAUAUUGGCCAGGUGGAAGGGGCAUUCGUCCAGGGCCUUGGGCUCUUUACCCUGGAGGAGCUGCACUACUCCCCCGAGGGGAGCCUGCUGACCCGAGGACCCAGCACCUACAAGAUACCUGCUUUUGGUAACAUCCCCACCAAAUUCCAUGUGUCUCUGCUGCGGGAUUGCCCCAACAAAAAAGCAGUCUUCGCGUCCAAGGCUGUCGGGGAGCCGCCCCUCUUCCUCGCCGCCUCUAUCUUCUUCGCCAUCAAGGAUGCCAUCGGUGCAGCCCGAGCCCAGCGAUCGGAAUGCCAACUGGACCCGCUUUUCCAACUGGACAGCCCGGCUACCCCCGAGAGGAUCCGCAACACCUGCGUGGACAGGUUUACUAAGCUGUGUGGUACUGAGCAGCCGGCAAACUUUAAGCCAUGGUGUAAGAGAGUGUGAAGAGAAAGUCCUCUGAAGUGUCACGCUGGGCCGAGACUGCUUCCGGGGGUCCUUGACCCAAGCUUCUAUUACCACACGGCCAACCCUAUGAUCCAUAUGUCACAUUCCCUGUUGUUUUAGGAAACUAUGUGUGGGAAGAUUUUAUAAGCAGAACUAUAAUUACAAGCAAAUUAAGAGCUUCAACUAAUAAUCAACUAAGUUUACACUUUUUCAAUGAAAAAUGACACUUACACUGUCCAAGGUCCAGAAAGAUAGCCAAGUUGAUAACUAUGAAGCUAAGUGCACUUUAUCUUAGGGACCUCACCCGUGAAUCAUUUAACUGUCAAGAAUCCAAAGUAAACCAACAGUUGUUCCACCUGUCUUCCUUCCAUUAGAUGUCUCCCAACAAACUGAAGAUUUUUUUGAACUUUCACUGGUAGACGAUGCCUGAAUGUAAAUUUCUACCUGGAGCUCUGCCAAGCACAAAGGCAAAUGUUUUGCCACCAAGUAUUUGGGGAAUUCGUAUUGGGACAUUGAAUUGAUAAUUCAUCUGAAAAUUACUUUCAUUUAGUUAAAGAGAAAAGAUAACCAAGCAUCUUCUACUCUCUGGAUUUAGUAAAUGAUGGUAGAAGGGGUUUUUGUAUUAUUUUCCUCUACAGAGAAAUUGUGAUGCAAUGGAAAAUAGAUUCUAGAAUCACUCUCACCUUACCAUGUUUUAGAUUUAUUAACCAGAAUUAACAUACUUAUUCCUUACUGUUGGGUUGAUGAUAUUUUCCCAACCACUUGAUAAUUUUUGGUAAGUGCCAGAGCUCCCUGCCCAGCCUGGAGGCAAACAUCCCCCCCAUCAUUUUUACUUGCCCAUCUCAGAUGUUGAGAAGAGAUGGAUGGGUAGCUUGAUGGAAGAGAAGCAAGCCGAGAAGUCAGAAGCCUUGAAUCCCACCUCAGAUUACUGGGACUGUUUCAACUUAAGCCUGGAUCAUUGAGCACCCUUCUUCUCACUGAGCUGAUUUGGCCAACAGGGGAAGUUUUCUGAGGCAGGGAGAGCCUUCCCUGGAACUUCCUGAGAGCCAAUAUUCUUUCUCACUUUCCUUGCUGUCUGUCAAUUUAUUAAACAUGAAUUUAUAUCAGA